UUGUUCAUAAUUUUUCUGAGACUCAUAAAAUUAUUAAUUGCUGUGGAAACAUUUUUUUUAAAUCAAUUUAUUGUGGCAUACUAUUAUUAAAGAACAAAUUAAAUUGAAGUGAAAAAUUAAACAAUGGACCUUAAAAAUUCUGCUUUGUUACCACAUAUUUUGGAAAGCCUCAGUCAAAAGCCGGAAUUAUGUGACACUUACGAAAAUCUUUGCGAAGAUAUUAAAUGCGUUUUGUCGUCAGAGAAUCUAAAACAAUGCUAUGGAAAUGUUCAAAAGGCCAUAGAUAAUGCUUUGGAUGUGGGUCACAGCUUGGGUGUUAUAACAUUAACAGAUGAUCUAGCCGCACCAACUGAUGAUUCCAACAAUUUUGCAAUGCAACUCCGGCGUUCGCAUACUGUCCGACCGAAUAUGAUGCCUCAUGGCCGUUCUAGGAGAAGGGUGUCUAGAGGUCGUCGACGUAGACGUGGUAGUCGUCGUCGCUCCCGUUCUCGUUCCCGACGUCGUUAGUGUAGCUUCUUUCUAAUAUCAUUGUAUUUUAUUUUAUUGAAUAUACAUAUUUAUGUUGCAUUUUUACAUUUAUGUGUAAUAAAAUUAGAAAUGUGCUUAAUGUUUUUAAUACGAAA